AUGGAGGAAACUGCGAGUCUUCUCUCCGUAAACCAAUCGGAGUAUGGGGCAGCUUACUCUAUGACCGAAUCGGCUCUAGAGUCUGUUGAUCCUAUAACUUUAUGUUGGAAAGAUAUUCGUGUGUCAGUGCAAAAAUCUGACCGUCGUGUACUUCAUGGAGUCUCAGGUGUUGCUAUGCCUGGGGAGCUCAUUGCGUUGAUGGGUGCAAGUGGGGCUGGUAAAACAACGCUAUUGAACACUUUACUUUCUCGAAAUCUGAGAGGUCUAAAUGUCGACGGAAAAGUGGAGGUCAAUGGACAUGAGAUUGGACAGAACAUAACCUCGAUAUCAGGAUAUGCUCAACAGGAGGAGCUCUUUGUUGGCACUUUAACUGUCCGUGAAUAUCUCACUGUACAGGCGAAACUCAGGGUAACUGGCUCAGAUGCCAAGAGAGAGAAACGUGUGAACACUGUUCUCACUCAACUUGGUCUUCUCAAGUGCCAAAACACCAGAAUAGGAGUUAUAGGUGUAAAAAAGGGAAUUUCGGGUGGUGAAGCUAGACGACUAACAUUCGCAUGUGAGCUCCUUUCCAACCCUGCUCUGCUUUUCUGCGAUGAACCAACAACAGGCUUAGAUUCAUUCAUGGCCGAAAGUGUUGUUCAAGUUUUGUCCAAGUUAGCCAAAAGUGGAAGAACUGUCAUUUGCACUAUUCAUCAACCUGCAUCUCAGCUCUAUUUGAUGUUCGAUAAAGUUAUUUUCCUUGCUGGAGGCAGGACAGCCUAUCUGGGAAGUCCUAAAGGGUGUAUUCAAUUUUUUGAGUCUUCCGGUUAUCCCUGUCCGCAUAACUACAACCCUGCGGAUAUGAUUAUCCAUACACUGGCUGUAGUUCCCAGUGAAGAGGUGGAAUGCAACCGUAGAAUUAAAGAAAUUUGUGACAAGUUUGAGAAUGAAGGAGGCAAAGAAGUUAGCGACAAGAUUUUCCGCAUUGAGAAAGGAAUUGUACCUGAAGGCCGUAAGCAAGCUUCUUUAGGCGUUCAAAUAUCUGCGUUGUUAAAAAGAUCUAUGCUGGAUAAUUGGAGAAAUCCCUCUCUCGCUAGAGCAAAAAUUAUUCAGAAGUCGAUAAUGGGUUUAUUUAUAGGAUUGCUCUAUCUACAGAGUCCUUUGAAUACUGUCGGUAUUUCUAAUUUGAACGGUGCCCUAUUUUAUCUUGUUUGCGAACUCACUUACUCAACACUUUUUGGAAUUUUAACCUUCCUUCCUUCGGAUUAUCCACUUGUUGUAAGAGAAUAUCAUGAUGGCAUAUACAAUGUCUUCAGUUAUUACUUCGCUCGGUCACUAUCCUAUGUACCAUUGUUCACUAUAGAUGGAUUACUUAUGCUCUUAAUAUCUUACUGGCUGGCAGGUUUCUCAAGUUCUGUAUCACAGGUUCUAUUGGCAUGUUUUAUCAGUUUCUUGAUUGAACAAUCCUCGGCAGCUUUUGGUGUUAUGCUCUCAACUAUUUCACCUUCUUAUCCUAUUGCUGUCUCACUGGCAGGACCUCUAUUAACGCUCUUAUCACUCACAGGAGGAUUAUAUGCUAAUGUUGGCGCAUUACCAGCAUAUGUUCAAUGGAUUCAAUACCUUAGUUGGUUCAGAUAUGGUUUCGAGGCGCUAGCCAUCAAUCAAUGGGAAAAAGUAAACGAACCCAAUAGCACAACCUGGACGGAAGCCAAGAGAGAUGACAUUCUUGCUCAGUACUCGUUCAGCGCAGAUAACCUUAUUUUAGACCAGGCGUUGAUGGUCUUCUUCAUCUUCCUUUUCUAUUUAAUCGGUUUCAUCGGCCUUUCUAUCCGAGUUAGAAAGUCCCGCUAA